GGCAGGUUAGACGAUACAUCCCCUCCCCCCACUUCGCCGCGGCUCCGCCCUCCCCGCGCAGACUCCUCCUGCCUCUGGGCGGGGUCCUCCCGGCUCCUUUCAUUCCCGGCCCGGACGCCGCUCCUAGGGCUCGGUUUCUGACCUCUGCGGGGCUGGCUCGGAGUGGCGGGCUGACCGCGGUAGCGCGGAGCUGAGGGAGCCGGAGAAGAGGAGGAGAAAGAGGAGAAGGAGGAAUAAGAAGAGGAGGACUGAAGGGUUGCUUGGGACCUGAGCUCGCCAAGCCACAGCCUGCGCUCCAUUUUGCAGCGGGCGCCCGGCCCGACUUUCCCGCUGGGGCAUCGGCUGCUGCGUCCUACUCCCCGCCCCGCGCCUGCCGCGGCUACAAGCCCGGACACCGCCCGCGCCUCUGGCUGGAGCCGGAGCCGGAGCGCACCGCCAGCCUGCUCCCCCAACCCUGGUUCCUGGAUCUCGGACGCAGCUCGCCAGUCCGGUGCCCGGGAUCCGGGACGUCGCCGUGCGCCCCUGCCCAACACUGCUCUUCUCCUACCCUGAGCGUCCGAGCCACAACUCUGCCUGAGCUCCGAUACGCGCCCACUGCCUCGCCCCGGGUACCGGAGUCCGAGCGCUGCCAGCCUUUGCCCACGUGCGAACAACCCAGGAAGCUGUGCGAUCUCGGGCGCAGCCUGCGCCUCCAGCCCGGUACAGCCAGCAGCCCGGACGCAGUCUCCUGGGUCUGAACCCGGCUGGACCCUUCCGCGCCCACGGUCCCGGACCCACUGUCUGGAAUUAAAUUUGGUCGGACCCCGGCUUCCUUCCUUGUUUUCGGCUCAUCCGAACCGGGACACCACUAUCACUCCAGGCUCCUUUAAUUUCGGCUAGCUGGAAGCCGGGAUCCCAUCCUCUGCUCCAGGGCACAUCCUCUCCCGUAGCCCGGCGUCCUUGGUCCGGCUCCCCGAGGGCACAGUGGUUGUAGCGGACUCUGCUCCGGGUCCUAGCCCUCUGGAAGCCUACGCUAUAUGUGUCCGGGCGGCUGCCGGCGUGCCGGGCCCUCACCCUCGGAAGAGAAGAGCAGAGGGCGACUGGGCUGGUGAUCUCCGUCCCAGAGAGAGGCGCUUGGACUAAGGCUAGGUGAGCCCUCAGCAUCAAGCCCAACGGGAGCACGGGAGAAAGCAGGAAACAUCCCAGGAAGUGUUGCCUGUGAGGUCCCCCUGCCCCCUGGAGAGGAGGUGCCCGUGAGCAGUAGGACUUUGGACAACAGCUGGGACAGGCCUUCCUACAGGGUGCACUGAGGCUGGAUGGGCCUCUGAGGACAAGUCCCUGGGCCUGCGGGCAAGAGGAUGGUGAGACAUCAGCCCUUACAAUACUACGAGCCGCAGCUCUGCCUAUCAUGCCUCACCGGGAUCUACGGCUGCCGAUGGAAACGGUACCAGCGGUCACAUGAUGACACAACUCCAUGGGAACGUCUCUGGUUUCUGAUUCUCAUCUUCACCUUCUUUCUCACCCUGACCUGGUUCUAUUUCUGGUGGGAAGUUGACAAUGACUACAAUGAAUUCAACUGGUUCCUCUAUAAUCGGAUGGGAUAUUGGAGUGACUGGUCCAUUCCUAUCCUUCUGACCACUGCCACUGGUUUCACCUACAUCACAGGAUUGUUGAUCCUGGCCCUCUGUCACAUUGCUGUGGGACAGCAGAUGCAUCUCCACUGGCUUCAUAAGGUGGCACUGACUGUGACCUUGAUUGCAACCCUCAUAGCUGUGUCCUCUAUAGCCCAGCUCUGGGAUGAUGAGUGGGCUGUGCUGCUAAUAUCAUUGCAAGGUACAGCCCCGUUUCUGCACGUUGGAGCCCUAAUAGCUGUAACCACUCUCUCCUGGAUCGUGGCAGGCCAGUUUGCAAGAGCUGAAAAAGUCUCCUCCCAGAUGGUCAUCUUCACUGCCUACUUCGCAGUGGUGUUUGUGCUCUACCUGAUUCCCCUCACCAUCUCUUCUCCCUGCAUCAUGGAGAAGAAGGACCUGGGACCGAAGCCAGCCAUCAUUGGCCACCGAGGAGCGCCCAUGCUGGCUCCAGAACAUACAUUGAUGUCCUUCCAGAAAGCCAGGGAGCAGAAGCUUUAUGGGGUCCAAGCUGAUGUGACCAUCAGCCUGGAUGGAGUUCCGUUCCUCAUGCAUGACACUACUCUGCGCCGCACAACCAAUGUGGAUGAAGCUGCCCCAGAACUGGCUCGCCGGCCCGCCUCCAUGUUCAACUGGACUGACCUGAAGCAGCUCAACGCAGGAGAGUGGUUCCUUAAGACUGACCCCUUCUGGACUGUGCACUCACUCUCAGCCUCCGACUACAGAGAAGCGCAGAACCAAUCCAUCUGCAAGUUGACUGACCUCUUGGAACUGGCCAAAGGGAAUAUGACCCUGCUGCUCAACCUUUGGGACCUGCCCCAUGACCACCCCUACAGGGGGACCUUCUUCAAUAUCACCCUGGAUGCUAUCCUCCGUUCUGGCCACCCACAACACCUGGUCAUGUGGCUGCCAAGCAGACAAAGGACACUGGUACAGAAAGUAGCUCCGGGCUUUCAGCAGACCUCAGACAUCAAAGAGACAGUUGCCAGUUUGCGACGUGGGCACAUUCAGAAACUGAAUUUACGCUACACUCAGGUCUCCAGCCAGGACAUCAGGGACUGCUCUGCAUGGAACCUGAGCGUGAACCUCUACACGGUCAACGAACCCUGGCUCUUCUCCCUCCUGUGGUGCUCAGGCGUCCAGUCCGUCACAUCUGACAAUUCCCACACCCUGUCCAAGGUGCCUUCCCCCAUCUGGAUCAUGGCCCCGGACGAGUACUGUCUCAUCUGGAUCACAGCUGACCUGGUCUCCUUCACACUCAUCGUGGGCAUUUUCGUAUUUCAGAACUAUCACUUAAUCAGGUGGCGAUUGGGUAGCAUCCGGACCUACAACCCAGAACAGAUCAUGCUCAGUGCAGCUGUACGUAGGACCAGCCGUGAUGUCAAGAUCAUGAAAGAGAAGUUGAUCUUUUCAGAAAUCAGCAAUGGUGUAGAGAACACGGAUGACCUCUCCAUGUGUUCUGAGAAUGGCUUUUCCAAUGAUGUCCUCACCCCCGUGGAGCCCAAGACACGUCCUGGCCGAGGAGGACGCUAACCCUGACAGAUCCCAUGUCUCCAGUCUACUCCUGCCCUUCCAGCCAAGCAUGGGAAGGGCCCCUGGGCCCCAUGGCCUGGCCUGUAAAUAUGUAGAAAGCCCUCAGAGAGCUGGUGGUAACUGUAGGAAGCUGGGGUGCGAGGCAGAGACCAGCUGCGGCUACCCCACGCAGGUCCCUGGACUGGCCCGCCCAGAGGGGAGGCCAGUGUGACCCAGAGAUGGUUGUCGAGCUGCCUCCCCAGCCCCUCAGCUCUGCCUUCACCUACGUUCUCAACUACCACCGACCCUGUUAGGGAACUUUUUGGCCAAGCACCUCAUCCCUGUGUAUGCUCUGGGUGGGCAGAAUCAAGAGCCAAGCUGUCCCUGAUCCAGGUCAUAGAGGGCGGCUGUACUCCCUAUGUAGGGGAAUCCUUCCUAAUGGGAGGCGCUUGGUUCCAGUCCUCCCUGGAGGAACAGAGACCACGGCAGUUCCUGGGCCCGGCUGCUAUGAAGAUGGGGGUGGGAAAUUCAGGAAACUGGAGUGUUCCCUGUCAGCCCUGACAUGGGGGACACUAAGAAGGAGCCCUAGACGGGAGCUGAUUCUUCUUUCCCCGUGUCCCAGGCAGAGCUGUUUCCUCAGUCAGCUUUGCCACUACAAGGGAAGCACAGUCCCAGGGGGUCUGGUGGUCAGGGCCACCCAGGACCCUCCCACACCACAGAGGGGACUGUAUGUGUGUGAGAUGUCUGUCCUUCUGUGCGCAUGAAUGAAAUUCAUUUUUAAAAAAUUUUUAAAUAUGGCCUAUCAGGUUAGUGGGCCUCCCUCUGAUGAGCACUGAUUACAGCUGCAAUCACCUGUAAAUAUGAAAGCACAAGUGCUAUCACUCCCGGCAGAAUCACUUAUUUAACAAGAAAUGUUCUGUUCCUCGUGUUCCCAUGCCAUCCCAUGCCAUCCCAUGCCUGGCGCAGAGGGCAAGCAGGAUGGUGGAGGGACAGAGCAUUCCAGACAAGGUCAGUUGGAACUGGAAAUAUUUAGCCUAGAAAAGAAAAGACUUGGGUUGUGCGAAGGGUGGGAGGGAGGAAGGAGGGAAGCAGGUGGGGAUGAAUAAUAGUCUGCAUUUAUGUGGUGCUUUAAGGUUGAAAAGCAUUUCACCAAUAGGAUCACAUCUGAUCUUCACAACAACCCCGGGAGGUUGGUGCUGUUAUCCCAUUUUAUAGAUGAGAAAACUGAAGCAGGCAGAGAUUGCGACUUGGCUGGGAUGGGGAGGUCACCACAUAGCUAGCAAGUGUCUGAGGUCAGAUUUGAGAGGAGGCUUUCCUGCCUCCAGGUGCAGCUAGCUUACUGCUGCCCCAAUAAUACUUAGCUCUCAUUUUUUAGUAAAUCGUGCAUCAAUCGUCAAGCUUUUGUUAAGCACCUACUAUGUGUGAGGCAUUGGGAAUAAUACAAAGACAAAAGUGAAAAAGUCAGUCCUUGCCCUCAAGAAGCUUAAGUUCUGAAUGGAGCCAACAUUUGUGAGUCUAUGCAAAAUUUAUACAAAAUUAAUACGGGGAAGUUUUACCAGUUGGGGGAGGGUAGAGAUCAGGAAAGAUUUCAUGUAAGGUGAUCCUUGAACCCUGGUCUAUCUUCCUAAUUCAGUACUUCAGGACCCUUUCUGCUAAUACAUCUCAAGGGAAGAAAAUAAGUCAGUGAAUUAAAGGGAGAGUUAAAGGGGCUUUAAACAUUUCCAGGAUUGAGAGGACCCGAAGUUUUUAUUUACCACUUCCCUCCCUCCCUCUCUGUUGACUUUUUUCUUCCUAUAGGGAUUCUUCCUGAUGGAUGGGAAAAGAAAGGGGGGAACAUACAUUUAUUAAGCACCUACUAUGUGCCAGGCAUAGUACUAAGUGCUUUACAAAUAUUACCUCAUUUGUUUGAAAGGAGCAGAGAUGAAAAGAAUGUUUCCUUAUUUUCCCUGGUUUUGGUCCCACUAGCCUAUGUUUACAUGCUCUAGAAUUAUGGGUUACCUUUUCCUGAUUUCUCAUCUCGGGCCGAGAGCCUGGAGCCUACAAUCUAUCUGCAGAGACAAGACAUGCACGUGGAAAGCCCAUUCCAACUGUUGCCCAUUACAUUUUCAGGUGUCCAUACCUGCUCAUCCUUGUCCCAGUUCCUAAGCUAGACACAGAUCUCAUGUGGGAUUUGGCUCACAUUCACCAAGGACUAGAUCUCAGGGCCUCCUGAGUUGGAGGACAGAGUAUCCAGUAUCAAACUGAGCCAUUGGCAUCCAGGAACCUCUGGUGUCUGGGUCUGGGACACGGGAGUUCUACUCGGGUGGGAUUCCAUGUUAUAAGGAGUAUCCAUGUGUCUAAAAGAUGGCAGAUGGUCCCAGCCUCGGAUGAGGGCUCCCGCCUGGGCAGGUUAUUAAUUUGGCAAGUACGCUGCCCUGCGGAAAGUACUCUUGAGGGAGCCGAAGCCAAGAGGAGUUUUCCCUCUUCAUACAUAAACUAAAUGGAGGCCCUGGGCCCUGCCCAGCUAGGAGCUCCUAUCCUGACACCACAGCUCAUUUAAUUCAACAGACUUAAAAGUGCUGGUGUUAAAGAUCAGCCCCUGACCUCAAGAGGAUUGCAGUUUAGUGGGGCAAAGAUGACAAAAUACUUAAGAAGCACAUGGGUUCAAUGGAAGAAAUAGUGAAUAAAAUUAAGAUUUUGGAGUUGGUGCCAGAAAUCAUCCUGUUGGGCUUCUUCAUAUUACAGAAAACAGACCCAGAGGGAAAUGGCAGGAAAUUGGCUCAUUGUAGGUACUUAGUAAAUGUAGAUUGAUUGAUUGCCAGAACUAGGAUCUGAAACCAUUCCCAAGUUGGAGCACUCCUUUCCUGCGCCUCAAAGGAGAGGUCCAAAUAGGGGAAAACCAUGGGAGAAACAAAAAUUUACCUGCCAUUCCAGUGGAUUGAUGAUGAAGUGUGCUGCCAGCCUUUUGACAAAGAGGUAGUGAACCCAGGAUGCAGAAUGAGAUGAUUUUGAAGACCACCAACAGAAGAACUUGUUUUGCUUGACUCUGCUUAUUUGUUAUAAGGGGUUUCGUUUUGUUUGAGAGGGUGGAGAUGGAGAAAAAAUAAAUUCUUAUCAAUUGAAGAAAAAAUAAAAAUAGAUUUGAGGAUAAACCCCACAAAGUUAUUAAAAGGGCAAAUCAACCCAUAUACUGUCAGUUAUUAAUGGGCUUAUGUGUGCCAAGCCUUCACUGGGGGGUGGGAAUAAAUGGGAGGAGCAAAUCCUAAACCUGGGUGCAGGGGUCUGACUGGUUCAGAGAGAUUCACAUGUAGGAAAUGGCUGGAAAGAUCCUAGACACAGGCUAUUCAAUUCAUUUUGAAAGACGGAAACAGACUUGGGGAAGGGAAGGGAAUUGAUGUCACCCUGCUAGCUGGUCAAUGUCAGAAAAGCCAGAGUUAAUAAUAAAACCAGAACUUGAGAACUUGA